UAUACAAGUGUCAAUAUGCUAAAUUUUGAAAAUAAAUAAAAACGAAAAAGUGAGAAAAGGAAUCCCCUUUAGUUUCAAUUAUGAUACCUUUCUCCUAUAUUGCUAUAUUGCCUGUUAAUUUAUUUCCUAGCUACCUACAUGUGCACUCCAUAUAUAAAUUCCCAAGUGCAUAUAAAAGAAUGAGUAGUGCAGCAAAUCCCCAACUGGGAAAUUGUGCUUGUUGGGGUAUUUAUCAGAUUAAGUCAUUUCUCAUAGAUGGAGUCAAGAAGAAGAUCACAGCACUCUAAAAUGAGCAUUUCAAUUGCUUAUUUGAUUGCAAUUUCAGCAACAACACUCUUCAUUCAAUGUGAAGCAAGAAAAUAUGCAGAGAAACCGAAAACCCAAGACCAUAAAGAAGCAGAAACUUAUGUAGGAAUACAAAAUCACCUCAAUAUUGGUGAGCCAUUGGAUUACUCAAGCUUCGAAUUUGACACUUCAGAAGCAAGUUCUCCCUUCUCUUUACCACCCUACGAUUUUCCCUCACCCCAAAACUCUCCUCCUUUCUUGGCAUUUCCACCACUUUCACCCAAAAUACCCUCAACAAUCCCAACUCCUCCUCCUCCAUCAAGCACUACCAGCACGCCGGCCCCAGCCCCACCUUUAAAUCCUUCACUCCCUCCACCUCCUCCCCCACCAACUCCAGUUCCACCCCCUUAUGGGCCAAGCCCACCAAAAUCUGGCCCAAGCCCACCAGUCUACACGCCACCUAUGACCUAUCCAGUUGGGCCAGGCACACCAUCACCACCUCCUUCAGGAUCAGGAGCCAAUAAUGGGCCACCCCCUGACCACAAGAAGCCACAAUCUGCAGUGUGGUGCGUUGCGAAGCCCACAGUGCCCGACUCGAUCAUGCAACCGGCGUUGGACUAUGCAUGCGGGACAGGAGCAGAUUGCAAGUCAAUUCAGCCCAAUGGGCCUUGUUACCUACCUAACACGUUGCUGGCCCAUGCUUCGUACGCUUUCAACAGCUACUUCCAGAAGGCCAAGCUCACUGGUGGCACCUGUGAUUUUGGAGGGACCGCAAUGAUCGUCACAGACGACCCAAGUUUUGAAGGAUGUCCGUUCAUCUACUAAUAAAGACUGAAGACAAUACUAAUCAUGAUUUUUAUAAUAAAAUAAUUAUUCUAUGAUAUAGAUAUAAUAUCAAAUGAUUUAAAUGUCUCUCAAAUAUAAGAGUUUAAAACACCGUAUUUGAUCAUUUUUAGUGUAAUAUUUUACUCUGUGGUUUAUACAUAUUGCGAACCAUUUGAUUUGAGUAUUCUUCUUACUAUUUUUCUUCUUUUUUGUAAGUGGAAAUCGAGUAUACUUUGUUCAUGUAAAAAGAAUUAUUACAAAUAUUGUUUUUUCUUUUUUCGCGUGUAUACAUAUACGUAUAUAUUAAUUCGCAUUUAAUUAAACAGGGUUGAAGACAGUCGGCAAAUACAAUAAUAAUUCCUGUAAUUUUCCCUGUUUAUUUAUUAAAAUCUCAGUUCUUUUCUUGGUUA